AUGGCGAACAAAAGCUCAACAGGUUACAUGAUGGGAUCGCGCGAGAACCCUAUCUCCCUUGACGAUGAUCCGGUCAUGAAUACCUCGUACCAACGUCAAGAUGGGCAGAGCCGCGUUGGCACAGACCCCAAGACAUCAGCUACCAAUUCUCAACAGGGCUGGGGCAAGGGCAAAUCAGCAGCUUCUACCAGCAAUCCCCAGAAGAAACAGUCUACUUAUGUUUUCGGAACUCGCCAUGAACCUUGGAAAAAUGGCCCAUCUGACGAGGAUUUCUUCGCCCCUGAAGCUCGGCCGCGAGGUGACGGUGAUUACGGCGCAUACAUUCUGCGCCAGCAACUGCGCAGAGGUUCCGAAGCCGAGGAGGAAAAGCACCCCUUGGACCUCUCAGAAGAUGAGGAGUGGCUGGUAGGCAUCGAAAGUGACACAGACGAAGAAGUAAAACCCAAGAAACGGGGGAAAAAACAGAAGGGGCCGGUCCAGAAGCGGUGGAAGCCUGCUCGGGAGCCCAAGGUUAGCAGCUCAAAGGCGAUGGACCAUCUCAUGGCCAGAGUAACGGAUAAGAGCCGACGGGAUGAUUGA